AUGCCUUGCAGCGCCCACUCCUCCUCUUGGGUCCUUGCCCUGAGACUGCCAAGACCACCGGAGCAGAGGAUGGGAGAAGACACGGAGGAGGUGUGGAGACGUGAGGCCCCCCAGCUAGCCCCCGGCCCUGAGUGCCGGGAGGCAUCUUGGACCUUCCAGCUCAGGUGCCCGCCAGCUGAUUGCAGUAGGAUGUGCAAGCCCUCCAGUAAAGCAGAAGAAUCACCCAGCAAAGUGCACAGUCAGGAGAGCUGGUUUCACAUUGGCAUAUACGGAGAUAGCAGUUCUCAGCAGCAGCUUAAUGGAAAUCUUUCCAUUUUGAAAGACAUGAUUUUUGAUGUUCCUGCCAUGGUUUUGCCUUCUCUGGAAAUAAUACCAGGAUUGCCAUUAUUUGUGAUAGGAGAGAGCCUGGAGAAAGAAAGGAUGUUGGCUUCAAGGUACUCUCCAAGGCAGCAAUUACCAGCCACGACCUUUUGGGUUUUGAGGCUGCUUCCUAGGAAUGUCCGUUCCUUGGCUACAUCAUCAGAGAAUCAGAGAGUUGAGGCUUGCCACCAGCACCACGAGGUCUACGGGUACUUCUUGCUCAUCCAGAUGAGGUGGCAGGACAAUGACCAGUACGGCCAUGGGAACAAUGCUGUGUACUACAGCUACUUAGACACGAUUAUCAACCAGUACCUGAUGAGGUAUUGUGGCCUGAAAACGGGCUUGCUGAUGUCCCCCAUGGUGGGGUUCAUAGCGACCAAUCAGUGCACCUUCCACUCACUGGUCAGCUUUCCUCAGAUCCCAGUGGCUGUGUUGGUUGUGGAGAAAGUUGGUCAUUCCAGCGUGCAUUACCACCUUGUUCUGUUUCCCCCCAAGCCCACCGAGGAGCCACCUUCCGUUGAUCUCCGGUACCUCAGUGAUGGCUUUUCCUUUGGCCACCCCAAGCUGGUGCAGUUUGCCGCUUUGGCUUGUACCACUGGGUCUUCAGUCCAUGUCUUCGUGAAUCCAGCCAUCAGCAAGCCGGUGGGCCUUCCUGAAGACUUCCGGCGGGGCCUCCUGUGGCUGAUGAGCCCGGCUCCAGUGUGA